UUUUUUUUUUUUUUUUUUAAAAGUAUUUACUCUUUAAUUGAUUCGGUUCCUCCAAAAUAAAUAAAUAAAUUUGCCUAUUUGGGGACUCUGAUUUGAAGAAAUUAGAACGCUCGUAGACUGAGAGAAGUUAAAAGAGAAAAGACAAUGGGUUUAUGGGACUGGUUUAACUCAGCCUCCGACACCGUCAAAAAUCACACGCCCGCCAUAACUCUGGCGACUGAAUUCUUCCAGAAAGGCUACUACUUUUGUCGAGAUUCCACCGUUUAUGCAGCUGGCACCGUCUCUUCCAAAGCACGUGAUCUUCAUGAGUACUUGUCUGACAAUCAAGCUCGCGAGAAUCUUACUCAAAUCGCGAAAAAUGUCUCUAAAAAUGGUGCCUUCUAUGUCGCCCGAUCUUAUGGGGGCGGUCCAAUCAUUGAUAUUAUUACACGGUCAGUGCAAGAAAACAAGUCUGACUCACAAAAGGAGAGAUUAAAGGAGUUAGAGCAUAAAGUAGCUAAACUUGAAAAGGAGUUGAUCUCAAGGAACAUGGCUGAGCAAUCAAAGGUAUCAAUGAUGACUGUAGCAUCUAAAUCUCAAAAUGAUUCCAACUUUAACGCAAACAUAAACGAAAAACCAGAAGAUUUGCUGAAGCUCUUCAUGAUGGAGCAAUUUGUGGGUAUAAAACUUUUCAACAAUCUGAUAAUUCCUACUGGUGUUUCUAAGGAGAGGCCUGUUUCAAGUUUAGAUGAACACUGAAUGAUAAGAUGUUCAAGGCAUGAUAUGGUACUGUAAACAGUUUUAACGUUGUUUUAAUGUGAUCUAUGAUGUUUAACAAAAA